AUGAACUUGGACCAAGACACUCACAUCCAAACAGUCAAGUCAACAACUCCUCAGUACCUUCGAUCGGAAUCUCUGAAAUCCUCCUCUGCCUCGAACGAAUACUUCUCUGAUUAUGCGUCCGACGCCGUCAGCCAGAAAUCGAACGCGACGAGAGCAAGCUAUGAAACACCCCCCUCUCGAAUAUCAACGCCGAUCGUACGACGGAACCCCGUUGAUUCCGAGAUGACACUACCGGCGAGGCCCGGCGUAAUGCAGCCGGCACCUCUCCACAUUCGGCAUGAUCAAGAUGGCGGGCCCAGCACGGUGCGAAUGCUCUCGAAUUUCGACGAGAUGAGCCCUCCUACACCUGGAGUUGACGACACCCCAUACAUUCGAUUUGCCAUUGAGCAAUUGACAAGAGAUGAGGAUGUCACGGGACGUGGCAGACAUAGUACCGCAACCCCCGACAGAGCUGGAUCCCCCAUUCUUCCGCCAGCAGAGCCCGAGCCUGCAGAAGAUGCCAACGCGUCGACGCCAUCUCCGCCGCCGACUCCACCUCAACAACCGGCAUCAUCGCCACGACCACCAUCUCAAACCCAGCGAAAACCGGUUCCCCAGGAGUUCAUGAUCCCCGUGGACCUGUCCAAAGAUUUGCGCUCGCAACUUGGCUUUGUACCAUUACCCUUACGCCUUCCCGUUCUUCUUCUAUACUUAUCCUUGUGCCUUUUAAUGAUUGCCGCCUUAAUCUUCAACCUGAUCUUCGUCUCUGGGAAUCACGGACUUUACGACUAUGACGGAGACGCCACGCCACGUUAUUUUGUCUUCCAGUACCUCCCGCAAUUGCUCGGAAUCAUCCUUAUCUUAUGGCUCUUCGUCAUCGAAGCAGCGGUGUACCGAUGUUUGCCUUAUUUCUGCAUGGCGCCGGCGCAUCGCAAUCAAUGGGUCCUCCAAGAAAUGCGCAUCUUGCCAUCAAACUAUCUUCUCCCAGACCUGACCUUCUUCCGCACUCGCGAGCGACUGCUGGGUGUGACGUUUUUGAUCUUUUGGUUGACCGGCUUUACCGUGCCACUGCUCAGCUGUGUCUUUCAGACCCAGUGGAUCACCGACGAUGGGCCUGCACGAUUCCGCUGGACGACGGUGAGGGGGGUGGGCUGGACACUGGUGGCGCUGUACAUUCUCCUCUGUUCGGGGAUCAUGCAUUGCAUGGUCCGUUUUCGCCGGCGCCACUCCAGCCUUCUCUGGGAUCCCUGUUCAUUAGCUGACUUGAUCUGUCUCUUCCGACGCUCCAAUGUGGGCGCUGAUUUCGAGCAGACUGAAGUUUCUCCUGAGCCCAACAGGCAAAUUCCACCCAAGAGUCAAUUGCGCCUGGGAUUCUGGACCACCUCUGAAAGACCUGAUGUCUUUCAUGCUGUGGGCGAGGAAUACGCACCGGUCAAACGCCUUUCAUUCCCGCCACCGCAACCGGAGAAACCGUCUGAUGGCCUCCUCCAUCCUCCUAAUGACGCGGUGGAUGUCGAAGCGCAACAACGCCACUCGUACGGUUCUGCAUUCGCUCGCAAUAUUCACUCCCCGUUCGUGCGGUAUCGGUGGACGACCUGGUUCCUACGCGACUCUGCCGUUUUGGCAUGGAUCAUCGCAGCCAUCCUUCUCAUCAUUGCGUUUUUGGUGGUCAGUUUUGUAAACAAUGCUGUCCAGGAUGGCUUUGAUCCUCUACUUCCCUCGAUUACCGAUUCAAGCGGCUUCUCCCCCGCCAACUUCUUGUACAGCUUUCUUCCCGCAUUUCUCGGUAUGGUCCUCUUCCUUGCGUGGCAGCCGAUUGACAUGUACUUUCGUGCUGUUCAACCGUUCUGCAAUCUCUCGCGACCGGCUGGCGCCGAUGCCCACCAUUCACUUCUACUAUCAUACCCGGCCUUGGGACCGGUCCACGUCAUCGUCAGUUCCUUCCUCAACCACGAUUACAAGGUUGGCUACAUCAGCUUCAUCUCCCUUCUGUCCCUAUCGAUUCCUGUCCUUGCCGGCGGAGUUUUCACCGCACAGUUUUUUGAGGCCGACGACCAAGUUCGAAUGGUGGCCAGUAUGCCCGGGUACAUUGCGCUAUGUGUCCUUGCCACCAUCUAUGCAUUGUCAUAUAUGAUAAUCUGGCCGACGAGAAAAAGGUAUCUACCACACAACAUCAACACAAUUGCCGGGUUAAUGAGUUGGCUGUACGCCAGCCCCUUGCUCGGCGACGGGAUCCUCCAGAACGUCAGGACGAAAGCAGACCUCAUCGCCAGACUGACGGGUUCCACUGCGACACCAACCACACCCACAGGUGAUGCUGGCAUGGAUGAAACGGUCCAGUCAGGCCGCCGUUCGCGACGGGUGGCGCAUCGUCUUGACCCAGCGCCAGGUACGAGAUACGCCUUUGGCGUUUUUGUAGGCCGCGAUGGGAAAGAACAUCUUGGAAUCGAUCGACUUCAAAGGCCAGGGAGUCGUGAGAUGAUCAUGGUGCCGCGGUCACCAAAUUCGCCAUAA